AUGAACAAUAAGCAGUAGCAAACAAGUUUAUGUCAUCCUAAAAUUGAUAAUUCAGAAAAAAGGGUGAAAAUUUUAUUGAAAUUUAUCAGAGAAGAAGUUAAUGAAAGUAAUUGCAAACUGAUAAACACUAAAAAAUCCAACUCAUUUAGCAAGCUGAGACUUUACAUCAAGCAAAACCAGCAAAAGAUAGAUAUCUUAUUUAAUGCAUUAAAUCAAUCUAUAGAAAAAGCAAUCGAAUAAAGAUCUUUAAGUUUUCUUAUGAAUUAUAAAAAGAUAAUUUAAAGCUUUAAUUUCACAUAAAUGAUUGAUAUUCAAAGACUUACCUAGCUCGAUAGCAAAAUCAAUAAUUAUAUCUUUGAAAAUGAAGAGGAUCCUUUUUAAUUCUACAAUACUAAGGUUUACUAAAUCAUUAUUAACAAUAAAUUUCUUUUUAGAAACAGGAAAUUAUUAACAAUGAAAGAAAAUAAAAAGGUAAGCAUAAUUAUAACAAAUCAGUAAGGUGAUGCUUUAAGCAAUUCAAACAUAAAGAUAAACAAAGAUACUGUCAAUAAAUAACAAUUUAUAGAUUACCAAAUAAAAACUGAUCAAGACAAGCAACUUUGUUAAGAAAGAAUGAAUAAAGAAGACUGUUAAAAGGACAAUUCAGGUUCAAGCAGUACUGAAAAUAACCAUCUUAAUGGCAAUUAAUCAGGCAAGUGUUAAAACAAUUUGAAGGAGCAGGAUUUUUGCAAUUUAAACUCCAAAUUAGAAAGAAAUAAUUAAAAUCAUUUGAUAAGUUUGGCUUAAGGUGAAAAUUAAUAAAGCAAAGUUAAUGGAUCAAAUGAAGUAGAUAUUAUAUAAUAAUAAAAUAGAGGCUUAUAUAAAGAGAUAGAGAACAUAGAUAAAAACAUAAAAGGUAUGGAAGAAUAAAAGACUAAUGAAGAUAUUAAAUUAGAAGAAUUAUUUAAUUUUAUUUUUCCUACUUUAAACGAUACCUUUCAUCAACUGACUGAGUUAGAAAACAUUAUAUUCUUAAUGUCUAUGACUGUCAAUAGGCACUAUCACAAAAGACUAAAAUGCACUGUUUAUGGCUCUUAUAUGAUGGGCUUUUAGCUAUCUAAGUCUUCUGAUAUUGAUGUUUCAUUAGAGUUAGAAAAUUACCCAUAAAUAGCUAAUGAUUAAAAUAGUAAAAUAGAAUUUUUAACAAAACUAGAAGAAAAUUUAAAGCAGUCAGAUUAGCUUGAAGUAAAUUCGUUCUUUAAUGCACCAGUUCCUGGAUUUUAAGUGAGGAAAUAAUCAAUAUUUAAUAAAGAAUAUAAAGUUAAGAUAGAUUUUACAGUUGGAAACCAAGUAGGAAUAGCAAAAACAUCGUUAUUAAAAAUUUAUUCAUCACUUUCUAUAAAAAUAUAGUAGUUAGUGUGUCUAUUUAAAUACUUUAUACAGGUAAAGAAUAUUGAUAAAUUCACUUUAAGCUCAAUAGCUCAAACGAAUAUGGUUGUCUUCUUUUUGCUAAAGAAAAACUACGUUCCGAACGUAUAGAAGUAUUUUAAUCAAUAAGAAUAAAUGAACUACUUUAAUCACUAAUAUAUAAACGAAAUGGAUAUUAAAAAAGUUAUUGAAGAAAAUAAUUUAUUGUAAAAACUAAAUUCUACCCCUUUGUUUACUUUAUUUACAGAGCUAAUUACAUACUACCAUGACAUAGUUUCUUAAAAAUCUAAAUAAACUCUAGUUAUUUCUUUGCUUGAACCUCCUGCAUAAAUAGAUGAAAAUAGUGCUUAAUAUAAAAACUUCCCCUUUAUUAUCAAAGAGUAUUAUGACUAAAAUUAUAGUAUUUAGCCAAAUAUUCAAUUUAAUUUUAUAAAUUUCUAAACAAUAUUAAAUCAAACUCACUAAUUCAUUCAGAAUUAUGACUACUCAUCCUAGCUAGGUUAGUUUAUAAAUCAAAUCUUUAGCUACAGUACUUAAAAUAACAUCAACUAAAAAAAUAAACAAGAAUUAAUUGACGAAUUCAAUCUUGAAAUUUCAUCUAAUGAUUUUGAUGAGGAUGAUUCUGAUGUAGAUGAUUAUUACUUUUAAAAAUGA